AUGGAGUGGGUGAAUCAGUUUGGAGUUGAGUUUGACCCCCCCAACCAGCUAGAGCAGUACAAGGCGGAAGUCCGAAAGUCCACUGUGGCUUUGCUGAAGACGGCCUUGAACAUCUAUUGGAGCCGUUGCUCUUGUGGUGUGAGAUUGAUGGACGCGAAGUGUGACACACAUUAUUUUUCUUUCAACACAAGUGUUGCAAAGGAACGUCUCAGAUGCUCUAUGUCAAUCCGCUGUGCUGAACUUGCUGCUUUGGGGACUGAGAAUGGCCACCCUGGCUAUGAGCACGAUGGUGAGGAAAUCCAGCGACUGAAGGUGAACGGUACUUUGGCUAUGCUGUUCGUGACGGAUCCUUGGAGAAAUGAUAUGUGGUAA